AUGGAGGGAACCACCAUGGGCUCAGGUUCAACGGCUAAAAGGUAUGGUGUUGUAACAGGGGCCAACAAAGGAAUAGGAUUGGAGAUAUGCCGUCAGCUAGCGUCUAAUGGGAUUUUGGUCAUAUUAACUGCUAGAGAUGAGAAAAGGGGUAUUGAAGCUGUCAAAAAUCUGAAAGCAGCUGGACUCUCUGGUGUGGUUUUUCAUCACCUUAAUGUAAAAGACCCUGCUAGCAUUGCUUCAUUGGCAAAAUUUGAUUUGAGAGAGAAAUUUGAAUAUUAUGUCAAAAAUGUAAGGAUCUCAAUUCUACUUAGCUUAGAUUGUGAAGCUUUUCGUGCCUUCAAACUUGGAGGGGGUGUGGUGAGUCUUUAA